AUACAAUGAUUUGCAAAUCCUUUUCAACUUAUAUCCAAUUGAAUAGACUGCAAAAACAAGAUAUUUAAUGUUCGAACUGAGAAACUUAUUUUUUUUCUUCUUGCAAAUAAUCAUUAACUUAGAAUUUAAUGGCAACAACACACUGCAAAAAAGUUGGCACAGGGGCAUUUUUACCACUGUGUUACAUGGCCUUUCCUUUUAACAACACUCAGUAAACGUUUGGGAACUGUGGAGACCAAUUUUUGAAGCUUUUCAUGUGGAAUUAUUUCCCAUUCUUGCUUGAUGUACAGCUUAAGUUGUUCAACGGUCCGGGGUCUCCGUUGUGGUAUAUUAGGCUUCAUAAUGCGCCACACAUUUUCAAUGGGAGACAGUUCUGGACUACAGGCAGGUCAGUCUAGUACCCGCACUCUUUUACUAUGAAGCCACGCUGUUGUAACAUGUGGCUUGGCAUUGUCUUGUUGAAAUAAGCAGGGGCGUCCAUGAUAACGUUGCUUGGAUGGCAACAUAUGUUGCUCCAAAACCUGUAUGUACCUUUCAGCAUUAAUGGUGCCUUCACGGAAGUGUAAGUUACCCAUACCUUAGGCACUAAUACACCCCCAUACCAUCACAGAUGCUGGCUUUUGAACUUUGCGCUUAUGACAAUCUGGAUGGUUCUUUUCCUCUUUGUUCCGGAGGACACAACGUCCACAGUUUCCAAAAACAAUUUGAAAUGCGGACUCGUCAGACCACAGAACACUUUUCCACUUUGCAUCAGUCCAUCUUAGAUGAGCUCGGCCCUACAAAGCCGGCGGCGUUUCUGGGUGUUGUUGAUAAAUGGCUUUCGCUUUGCAUAGUUGAGUUUUAACAUGCACUUAAAGAUGUAGCAACCAACUGUAGUUACUGACAGGGGUUUUCUGAAGUGUUCCUGAGCCCAUGUGGUGAUAUCCUUUACACACUGAUGUCGCUUUUUGAUGCACUACGUGCAUUCAAUAUUACAUGCAGUGAUUUCUCCAGAUUCUCUGAACCUUUUAAUGAUAUUACGGACCGUAGAUGGUAAAAUUCCUAAAUUAUUUGCAACAGCUUGUUGAGAAAUGUUAUUAAACUGUUGGACAAUUUACUCACGCAUUUGUUCACAAAGUGGUGACCCUCGCCCCAUCCUUGUUUGUGAAUGACUGAGCAUUUCAUGGAAGCUGCUUUUAUACCCAAUCAUGGCACCCACCUGUUCCCAAUUAACCUGUUCACCCGUGGGAUGUUCAAAAUAAGUGUUUAAUGAGCAUUCCUCAACUUUCUCAUUAUUUUUUGCCACUUGUGGCAGCUUUUUUGAAACAUGUUGCAGGCAUCAAAUUCCAAAUUAGCUAAUAUUUGCAAAAAAUAACACAGUUUUCCAGUUCGAACGUUAAGUAUCUUGUCUUUGCAAUCUAUUCAACUGAAUAUAGGUUGAAAAGGAUUUGCAAAUCAUUGUAUUCUGUUUUUAUUUACGAUUUACACAACGUGCCAAAUUCACUGGUUUUGGGGUUUGUACUAAUUAAACAGCAUUUUAGGUAAUUUGGUCAUUACACAGUGGUACCUCAGGAUACCUGUGCACUUUGUCGGUGUACGAGCUGUCUCUUGGCUAAUUGUUGUGCUUUAAACCCGUAAGAAGAGUAGUUCGAGCAUAGCACUGUUACUCUGCAUUAUACAGACGCAGAAAGAGUCGCCAGCCAAAAAUGUUAAAACAAUAUUUAAACUGCGGACAUUUAUUAAUGAAAAUAUGAAGCUCCAGCACUCUCUGCGACCCCAAAAUGGACAAGCGGUAGAAAAUGGAUUGAUGGAUGAAGAAGCGCCUAUUUGACGGAGAAGCAGCUUGAAGGAGAUACCUUAGAACAGGGGUGUCAAACUCAUUUUCAUUGAGGGCCACAUCGCAGUUAUGGUUGCCCUCAGAGGGCCGCUUUUAACAGUGAAUAAUAUACAGUAUGAAUAUAAAUGUAAUAUACAGUAUGAAUAUAGAUGUAAUAUACAGUAUGAAUAUAAAUGUGUAUAUAUAUAUAUAAAAACCAAUUAAAGUUGUAUCUUGAGGUACCGCUGUUUAUUUGAAAGCGUUUGUCCUUUUUAAUGAGCAAAACUACCCAGUACAGAACAUCAAAUAAAAAAGACAAUUUCAAUUUAAAAUUUUUUUUAUAUAGUUCUGCGCUUAAUGAAUUUAUUUCCAAGCAUAUUUGAUUGAAAGGCUCCACAUUGUACAAGGGGGUCAGGGGUCAUCAUUGCCGUUUUCCAGCACUGUCAUCACCAAUGGAUUGCAGGUAUGUCCACUUUGAUGGAUCUGGUGGGUGAUCAAUAAUUACAGUAUAUAUAAUCUUUGCGCAUAUAUUGCAUUUUUUUUUUUUUAAAUCACAGACUUGUUCUGACGUUACCUCCAUCAUCAUCAUCAUCAUGCGUCUCAACACGUGAGGAGGCAACCAUACACCGGAGGGUAUCUGCUGCAUAUGUCCACCUCUUCUAUAGCACCACCAUGUACAGGUCACCCUAUCCACCCUUUUAAUUAUGGACAGGGACCUACAGCACCUCCCUCAGCAUCUGAGGUUCGGUUCCAGGUGAUGCUGCUGCUGCAGUCUUGUUCAGAUCCUUUGGAGACCUACAAGUGUGGGCAGUCCGACUGAUUAAUUCCAUAUUUGUUACCUUUUACUCCCUCGCAUCUUGCUGGUGCUGCCAUAGCGUCACGACUUUACUGUAAGUACAAUUGCCAAUAUUGUGAAAGAUUACUAUUAGGGUUUAAGUUAGUAUUUUACUCAUCAACCAGUAUAUUUUCUAAAAUAUACAGUAUGUGUGUUAGUUUUUAUACGUUUGGGUCUAAAGGAGGAACUGAUAAUUACAUUUGUAUUUGAGCUGAAAAAGUAUGAAUUGGUGUAUGAUUAUUCUUUUCCUGUAACACCAUGAGGAAACUUCUCAUAGGCUAAAUGUAUUAGAUCUAAAUUGUUCACCUAUUUGUAUAUAAUGUACCAAAAAUGUUGCUGUUAUUUACAGAAGUAAUAAGGAAAAUGUUGAUCUUGCAAUCUCUAUAAUAAUAAUAAAUAAUACAUUAUUUCUAAAACCCAAGAACACAUGGGUUUAAAAAGAAUACAAUUUAAUAAUAAAAUACUAAAAAUAUAAAAUCCAGUGUGAAAUAAGAUCCCACCUCCACAUACAAUUAAUAUUAAUAAUACUAUCAAUAAUAAUAAAUAACUUUAUUUAAAAAACCCAGGAAAACAUGGGUUUAAAAACAAUAAAAUGUAAUGAUAAAAUACUGAACGCAUAAAAUCCAGUGUGAAAUAAAAUCCCACCUAUGCAUACAAAUGUAUAUUAUUAUUAAAAAUAAUAAUAAUAAUAAAUAAUACUUUAUUUCUAAAACCCAAGAACACAUGGGUUUGAAAAGAAUACAAUUUAAUAACAUUUUGAAAAUUUAAAAUCCAGUGUGAAAUAAAAUCCCACCUAUGCACACAAAUGUAUAUUAUUAUUAUUAAAAAUAAUAAUAAAUAAUACUUUAUUUCUAAAACCCAAGAACACAUGUGUUUAAAAAGAAUACAAUUUAAUAACAUUUUGAAAAUUUAAAAUCCAGCGUGAAAUAAAAUCCCACCCAUGCAUACCAAUAAAAUACAUAAAUAAAUAAAUAACAAUGAUACUUUGUUUCUAAACACCCAAAAACAAAGGCUAAAAAAAGAUUAAAAGUAAUAAUAAAAUACUAAAAAUAUAAGAUCCAGUGUGAAAUAAGAUCCCACCUCCACAUACAAUUAUUAUAAAAAAAUAAAAUAAAUAAAUAAUACUUUAUUUCUAAAACCCAAGAACACAUGGGUUUAAAAAGAAUACAAUUUAAUAAUAACAUUUUGAAAAUUUCAAAUCCAAUGUGAAAUAAAAUCCCAACCAUGCAUACAAAUUAAAGAUAAUAAUAAAUAACAAUGAUACUUUGUUUCUAAACACCCAAAAACAAAGGCUUAAAGAAAAAAAAAAAAAAAAAAAAAUACCGAGUGUGAAAUAAAAUACCACCUCUGCAUACAAUUAAUUUUAAUAAUAAUGACAACAAUAAUAAUAAAUACAACUUUAUUUCUAAAACCCAGGAAAACAUGAGUUUAAAAAAAUAAAAUGUAAUGAUGAAAUACUGAAAGUAUAAAAUCCAGUGUGAAAUAAAAUCCUACCAAUGCAUACAAAUUAAUAUUAUUAAUCAUAAUAAUAAUAAAUAAUUCUUUAUUUCUAAAACCCAAGAACACAUGGGUUUAAAAAGAAUACAAUUUAAUCAUAAAAUAUUCAACAUUUAAAAUCCAGUGUGGAAUAAAAUCCCAUCCAUGCAUACAAAUUAAAAAUAAUAAAUAACAAUGAUACUUUGUUUCUAAACACCCAAAAACAAAGGCUAAAAAAAGAUAAAAAGUAUUAAAAUACCAAAAGUAUAACAUCCAGUGUGAAAUAAAAUACCACCUCUGCAUACAAAUUAAUAUUAAUACUAGUAAUAAUAAUAAUAAUAAAACAUACUUUAUUUUAAAAAACAAACAAAGAACAUGGGUUUUUAAAGAAUAACAUAUAAUAAUAAAAUACUGAAAGUAUAACCUCCAGUGUGAAAUAAAAUCCUACCUAUGCAUACAAAUUAAUAUUUUUAUUAAUCGUAAUAAUAAUAAAUAAUACUAUAUUUCUAAAAACCAAGAACACAUGAGUUCAAAAAGACUAACAUUUAUUUUUAAAAUAUUGAACAUUUUAAAUCCAGUGUAAAAAAAAAAACCCCACCAAUGCAUACAAAUAAAAAAAUAAAAAAAUAAAAAGUAAUGAUACUUUGUUUCUAAACAUGGGCAGCACGGUGGAAGAGGGGUUCACAAUACGAAAGUCCUGAGUAGUCCUGGGUUCAAUCCCGGGCUCGGGAUCUUUCUGUGGGGAGUUUGCAUGUUCUCCUCGUGACUGCGUGGGUUCCCUCCGGGUACUCCGGCUUCCUCCCACCUCCAAAGACAUGCACCUGGGGAUAGGUUGAUUGGCAACACUAAAUUGGCCCUAGUGUGUGAAUGGGAGUGUGAAUGUUGUCUGUCUAUUUGUGUUGGCCCUAUGAUUGUCAAGUCUUGAUCUUGUGAGUUUGCUUUUCCGGGAUGCAACGGAAAGUUGGCUCGGGCGAGACGGGAAUUAAGGUACAUGAUUUAUUUAUUAACUAUAAAUACAAAAAAAGAUCAAACAAAAAGCGCGCACAGUGGCGGAGAAUAAACUAUGAACAAUUAAACAAAACUUGCAAACUAUGGCUUGAAUAAAGAAAACUUACUUGGCAUGGACAAAAAAGGAGCAGCGUGAACAUGGACAUGAAAAAAUGGACAGAGCAUAAAUGUGGUGUGAGGUCGUCAGGACGAACAACAGAAAAUGAAUGAACUUAAAUACUAUGGACAUGAUUAGUGAAAGCAGGUGCGUGACUCAAAACGUGAAACAGGUGCGUGACGUGACAGGUGAAAACUAAUGGUUGCUAUGGUGACAAACAAGAGUGCACAAUGAGUCCAAACGUGGAACAGGUGAACUAAUGGGGUAAUCAUGGAAACAAGACAAGGGAGUGAAAAGACAGAAACUAAAGAGUCCUAUAACUAAACAAAAACAUGACUUAACACAAAACAUGAUUACACAGACAUGACAGCGAUGAGGUGGCGACUUGUCCAGGGUGUACCCCGCCUUCCGCCCGAUUGUAGCUGAGAUAGGCUUCAGCGCCCCCCGCGACCCCGAAGGGAAUAAGCGGUUGAAAAUGGAUGGAUGGAUGGAUGUUUCUAAACACCGAAAAACAAAGGCUAAAAAAAAGAUAAGUAAUAAUUAAAUACUGAAAGUAUAACAUUCAGUGUGAAAUAAAAUACCACCUCUGCAUACAAAUUAAUAUUAAUACUAACAAAUAUAUACUUUAUUUAAAAAAACAAAGAACACAUACAGUAGGUUUAAUAGAAUAACAUGUAAUAUUAAAAUAUUGAAAUUUUAAAAUCCAGUGGUAAAUGAAAUCCCAACCAUGCAUUCAAAUUAAUAAUAAUCAUCAAUAACAAUAAUACUUUAUUUCUAAAAACUCAAGGACACACAGGUUAGAAAUUCUAUUAGAUAGAAUAAUAUUUAUUGAAUAUUGAAAAGAUAAUAUCCAGUGAUAAAUAAAAUCCCAUCCAUGCAUACAAUUUGACAAAUAAAAAGUGUGUUUUAUUCUACAAUAAAACAAACAGUGAUUUAAACAUUGCCAUCUACUGCAGCUAUAUUAAGUUAGCCCUAAGUAUUUGUUUUGGGGGCACUUGUGUUAGUUAAAAAACAUGCAAAUAUUGUCAAGUCUUCCAUGGCCAGUUGAACCUGCUCGGCAGGACAAAUGUUCUAAACAAUGUGCGGUUUAAUGAUGCUGUUAGCGGACUCCUUCAAAGCAAUAGGGUUACCUGCAGCAGGCUAUCACGUCUCCACAAACUCUUCACAAGCUUUCUCCCGCACUCUGUGUGGCGUGCAACACUUCCAUGGGCAGGGUCACGUUUCACCGCCUUCUGCUUCAGCCUGCCACAGCGGCCAUUGUUCUUUGCAUUAAGCAUCUCGCUGUGUGUGAGAGUGUCACAGAGAGGCUUGAUUACCUGUCCUCUAUUCAGAGAUCCUCUGUGUGAGGGCUCGCUUUAUCUGUUUUCUCUUCUCAAAGGAAAGAAGGUCAACGGUCUGCUGCUUUUGAGACACAAGUGAAGGAGCAAAACCAACAUGGAGAACAGCAAGGUGCCGCUGAAAUAUGUAUUAUAUAAACACACGUGAUAGUGGACAUUGAGUAUUGAGACGCACAUCUUGAUUAAUUUAAGACACAUGAUCUCAAUUAUUCACCUGACCAAGACAUUUUGAACAAUUUAGGGAAGAAAACCUUAGGGAUGGUGAGCCAUAAAGCCGGUGUCCCAAUACUUUUGUCCACAUUAUUGUAUGUUUAUUUCGUCAUUAAUACCGAAUGGAGGACAUAUUUGUGCUAUGUCCCUUUAAAUGUUGUCAACGAUGCUCCCAGCAGCCAGUGAAGGAGGUGCUCCCUCUGCCUCGACUCCCUCAGAACUCCUCAUCCUCCUCCUCCUCUGUGACUCUGACUAAUGCUCCAACAAGACAAACAUCAGGCUCCAUGCAGCAAAUACAAAUGGCCUCCUCAGUGGUGACCUCGUUCAACCAGCUAAAGCCUCCAGAGAGAGAUCUCAAUCUGAUGUACCACAUGAAAUCAAUCAAGUCCCUGAAACAAGCUGGCAUCACGGCCGUCUUCACCGGACAACAGAAACUUGACAGUGAGGAGUGUCCAGAAGAGGGACCAGUUGUCGACGUGAUCCUGUCCGACAUUGAGUCCCUGGUGCCCACUCACGAUGAGGCUGGCCGGCCCAUUGCUGAGUGGAAACGUCAGGUGAUGGUACGGCAGCUGCAGACCCGACUGCAGGAUGAGGAAGAGCAGAUGAGACAGGACCUACCCUAUGAUUCCUCCUCUGUGGAUGGCUGGAAGUACUCCCAAACUCACAAUGUCGUUUUGGGGCCAUUCGGCGAGCUCCUAACACAGGACGAUCUUCUGUAUUUGCAACAGCAGAUCGACAACAUGUCUUUGCAGAAGCGCUACCAGGCCUAUGAGGUGGAGCUGACCAGGUUGACAAAAGAACUGAGGGCUAUUUUACCUGACCCUAUCCUAAACAUUUCUCUAAACAAAGAGGCCCUGCAAGAGAUGGAUGCUCAGGGAAGUCGGGCGCUGCCAGUUUGGUGCAGCCGCGUCUCAGAGAUUGUCAGGAGUAUGUCCUUGCUGGUGGCCAGCCUGACUCAGACCUCUAAGGAUGGAGCUGAGAGGAGCGUGGUACACGGUCUGAUGGAGGGGAUGACGGGGCUGCCAGAGGUAAGGGAUGUUUUUGCGGUAGGUCAAGGCCAUGAGGUGUUGCAAAACACAAAUGGAUGUAAGCUACCACUCAUCGGGAUGGCUUUUGGUCAUGGGAUGGAGAGCUACAGCAAAUCACGCAGAGAACGACUGGAGAAGGAGUUUCGUCAGUUUGGGGUGUCAGUCAGAAACCUCAGAGCCAACUUUGAAGGUCAGAUUGGUGCCAUUUAUCCUUUUGCUGGAGUGGUGCCUGGCAAGGACCAAUCUUCCGGAACUAAUAAUCUAACUAGUGAUCCUAAAAAGCUUCCACCUGUGAUGGAGACUACCAGCCUGAGGAAAGAGCGUAUUGUAGUGCUGUUCCUGAGCCACUGGAAGAAGUCAGCUUACGCUAUCUCAGUGCGAGCAGCGAGGCAGGAACAGGAGCUCAAAUCAGAAGCCCAGCAGAGAAUCCCAUCCAUGUUUCUCUUUUGUCAAAAACGAGGCGCCGUUGAUAAGAUGCUAAACUCCUGGAAAAAUAAACUCCAGCUGAAGGAGGCUAUAACGUCCUAUGUGUCCGCCAGCACCUCAAAAGACCCAUUUCCUGUGUACUCUCCGGAACAAUUCCUGCCAGAUGUGGACCAUGACAGCUUGACCCUAGACCUCUUCAUGCUGGGAUACUUCCACAUUCUGGAGCAGGAGAUGUCACCAGUGGAGAGGAAAAUGAGGCAUCUGCUUUGUUUCGAAGUUUUUGACCAUGUGGGGACUUUUCCCUGGGAGAGAGUGAGAAACUUCCACAAGGCCGUACUGCAGGAAAUUCAGGCCGGGAGGCGACAAUGGGGGGACGGCUUUGAUGAUAUUAAAGUUUGCUUCUUUGGAGACUCGAGACCAUCAUCAGAAACCACACCAGUGCCUUCGGUUGUAGUUGAAGGUGCCACGCCAGAGGAGGGCAGCAGUGACAUGGACUUCUCCUGUUUCAACAAUGAAGAUAUUUGUAAAUAUAUUGAUCGCAGCUUUGCUUUUUGGAAGGAGAAAGAAGCAGAGCUCUUUGAUUUUGAACACUAGCAUCACCAUUGUGUCUGUUUGCUUACUGUGGCAAUUUUGCAGAGGUUUUUAUUUUCAUACAAAAUACUGUAAUGCAUUGACUCGAAUAUAAGACAAUAUUUUUCCCUAGGAAAAAGACAGGUGGUCUUAUAUUUAGUGUUUAGAGAUUUAUACAUACAUACGUGCCACCGAAGGACUUCUCCCCUUGUAAGUCAGAGCUUUUCUUCCUGUCACUCACACGCAAACACCACUUAUCUGGGGAGAUGCGACACAGAG